GGGGCAACCACGUCAUGGCCACUCUCCAGCGGACAAGGGAAGGUGCGUUGGAUUGACGUAUCAAUGAUUGGAGCUUUCCUUCCGUGCGCUUCUCUGGCUGUUCCUCUUUUCUCCUUUCCUCGCGCUUCUUCCUGGUUCUUAUUCCACAACCUCCCGUCGUCAAGGCAGAACAGAUCGGCAUCAUUCAUCAACAGCUACAUAUCUUCAACACACGCAUCUCUUUUGACACUCCAGCAAUUGAUUAACCCGAGUAAGAAGCAACGAGUUUCAGGCAUUACUUUCAGUCGCUCAAUUCCCCAAUUCUCGGCGGCGGUCCGACUACUGCAGGCCAGACAGCCACAGCUCCCGUCACGAACACUGACACUGGUGACCGACCCUGUCCACGAGCCAAUCAAGUCUUCGGGCGAUUACAACAUUGACAAUGAACUUCAUCACCACCAUGACUAAUCGUCUGCUUACUGCUGUUGGAGUGCCCCGCAUUAUUGACAGACCGCUGGACGGGUGGCACAUGAACCCCGAAAAGCCAGAAACUGUAAUGAUUCUCACAUACCCACCGACUUACACGCAGCCGCCGAUUGACCACGUCCACGAACAGGUACUUGCCUUCAAGCCGUCACUCUUCGACAGUGGAGGAGAAGAGAAACCCGAGAGUUCAGAUGGCGAACUGCGGGACAUUUGGGCACCCGAAUACAAGGUUCAGCUUGGUGAUCCUGACGCCUGGACCAGUUACUUUGAUCCUCUUGAUCGCCAAGAGAUCCUUCCGUGGGAUAAAUCAACAGCAAAGGUCAUCAAUGUCCUGGGACACCAUAUUGGCGAGCAUAACCGAGUCAUCUUACGUAUUCAAUACGAAGGAGAGAACGACCGGAAUGCUGGAAAUGUGGACGAGGUGUGGAUGAGAACCUAUUAUCCUCAACUCCUCCGUGAAUACUGGUUUCGUUACCGAUGGGCAUCCUUCAAAGCCCGCUGGGCUGCCCGUCGGGCUGGGAAACAUGUCCCGCGGCCCGCUAGCGAUGAAUGGUGGAAGCGGGCUCCGUCGAAUGUCAAACACGGCAAUCUCCGAUACAGGAACCGGUUCAAUAUCUUGACCGUCCGACCAAGAAGGCUGCCCAGAAUUCGGGUUCGAGACCAGAUCGCUGGACUAUUCCGCCGGUGGGAUGAUGCAGACACGAUCCCUCCUCGUUAG